GCCAGGAACGACGGAGAGGGGCGGCCUCUCUUGAAGGCCUGUGUUCCUGGGGUGGGGGCAACCGCGUGGCCUCAAAUCGCUAAGCACGCUCAGAACCAGGCCGCCUUGCAGCUCCCGCCAUCUUUGUGACGUCACCGCGUCGCCGCGACGCCAUCUUCGCCGCAGCCCUGGAAGCGACGCGCCUUUCCCGGGAUUUCCCCGGCGGGCCGCCGGUGCGGCCCCGCCCCGCGCGCGGGGCACGCCGGGAGUUGUAGUCCCAACGGCCGCGGCGGCGCUGAGUCUCCGGAAAUAGAGGCGUGAGAGGCCCGCCGGCUCCGGCUGGGGAAGCGGCGUUGGGACCGCGCUCCCCGGGCAGGUCAUGAACGGGCCGGCGGACGGCGAAGUGGACUACAAGAAGAAAUACCGGAACCUGAAGCGGAAGCUCAAGUUCCUCAUCUACGAACACGAGUGCUUCCAGGAGGAACUGAGGAAGGCACAGAGGAAAUUGCUGAAGGUGUCCCGCGACAAGAGCUUCCUCUUGGACCGACUUCUGCAGUACGAGAACGUGGAUGAAGACUCUUCUGACUCAGAUGCCACUGCGUCCUCAGAUAACAGCGAGACGGAGGGGACGCCCAAGUUGUCGGACACACCAGCCCCCAAGAGGAAGAGAAGCCCUCCACUGGGGGGUACUCCCUCCCCCUCCAGCCUCUCCCUGCCUCCUUCAACAGGGUUUCCCCUUCAGGCCUCCGGGGCCCCCUCCCCAUACCUGAGCUCGCUGGCUUCCCCCCCCUACCCCCCAUUCCCUUCUGACUGCCUGGCCCUGCAGCUGCCCGAGCCCAGCCCCCUGAGGCCCAAGCGGGAGAAACGGCCCCGCCUGCCCCGGAAACUCAAGAUGGCCGUGGGGCCUCCUGACUGCCCGGUGGGAGGCCCGCUGACUUUCCCAGGCCGGGGGGCUGGGGCUGGGGUGGGGGCAUCCCUGGCCCCACUGCCCCCCCCCAAAAUGCCCCCUCCCACGAUCCUGAGCUCCGUCCCUCAGCAGAUGUUCAGCGAUGCCGGCAGCGGGGAUGAUGCCCUGGAUGGGGAUGAUGACCUGGUGAUUGACAUCCCGGAGUGAGGCCAAGAGCACAGCUUCCGCAGAGACGUUUAUUCAUUUAUUGAUGCCCAGUUGCCAUGCUACGGCCACUGACACAAUCAGAAAAGGCGUAAACAUGCACUGAUGUCCCCGGGAGGUGACCCUCACCAGGGGACAGGGGCCCUGUGCUCCCAUCCCGGCCCCAUCGGGACAGUACUUGGAGGGAGUGGCCGGGAGCAUCUGUCCCCUUGAGAGGGACAGAGACCUUGUGGUGGCCCCUGUAGAGGGCAGCUGUACAGGGCGAGGUGUUCUUAAUGAAGAUUCUCUAUUAAAGGAGUGGCUCCGGUU